AUGGUCAUAGAGGUUGAGCACCCUUCUGUUGGGUUAUCAAAAAUAGCAGUUUCUGAAACUCAUGGAGAGGACUCACCAUAUUUUGCAGGAUGGAAAGCAUAUGAUGAAGACCCUUAUGAUGAAUCAAACAACCCAUCUGGCGUCAUUCAGAUGGGAUUGGCAGAAAAUCAAGUUUCAUUUGAUUUGCUAGAAGAAUACUGGGUAAAACACUCAAAAGAAACUAGCUGGGGAAGUAGAACUUCUGGCUUUAGAGAGAAUGCUUUGUUUCAAGAUUAUCAUGGCCUAAAAUCUUUCAGAAAGGCAAUGGCAAGUUUCAUGGAACAAAUAAGAGGGGGAAGAGCCAAAUUCAAUCCAGAAAGAAUUGUUCUAACAGCAGGCGCUACGGCUGCUAACGAGCUAUUAACCUUCAUUUUGGCCGAUCCUGGCGAUGCCUUGCUUGUUCCAACUCCUUACUAUCCGGGAUUUGAUCGAGAUUUGAGGUGGAGAACAGGAGUGAAAAUUGUACCAGUCCACUGUGACAGUACCAACAAUUUUCAGGUCACUCCUCAAGCUUUGGAAGAAGCAUACAAUAAUGCAGAAGCCAUGAACAUUAAAGUGAGAGGGGUACUCAUAACCAACCCAUCAAACCCAUUAGGAGCAACCAUUCAACGAUCAGUCCUCGAAGAUAUUCUUGAUUUUGUCACUCUCAAAAACAUCCAUCUUGUCUCUGAUGAAAUCUACUCGGGAUCAGCAUUUCUUUCUUCUGAAUUUGUCAGCAUUGCAGAAGUUCUCGAAUCCCGUAACAAUAGAGAAUCAGAGAGAGUGCACAUUGUGUAUAGCCUUUCAAAAGAUCUCGGCCUCCCUGGCUUCAGAGUUGGGACUAUAUACUCGUAUAAUGACAAGGUCGUCACAACAGCAAGAAGAAUGUCUAGUUUCACCUUGAUUUCUUCUCAAACACAGCAACUUUUAGCUUCAAUGUUGUCUGACAAAAAGUUCACAGAGAACUACAUAAAGACUAAUCGAGAAAGGUUGACAAAGCGAUACCAAACCAUCAUUGAUGGCUUGAGGAAUGCUGGUAUCGAGUGCUUGAGAGGAAACGCGGGGUUGUUUUGCUGGAUGAAUUUAAGUUCAUUGUUGGAGAAGCCCACAAGAGACUGUGAAUUGGCUCUUUGGAACUCAAUACUGCAGGAAGUGAAGCUAAAUAUAUCACCAGGGUCUUCUUGCCAUUGUUCGGAACCCGGCUGGUUCAGAGUUUGCUUUGCAAACAUGAGUGAGAAAACACUAGAAGUUGCACUCAAGAGGAUACAUGAUUUCAUGGAACAGUAA